AUGAAAGGAGAUUUCUCCUUUGCACAAUCUCUUACAAAGGGAUAUGGCUGCAGGCGAAUACUAGCAACGUGCUACGACAGUGAGGAUGUUCUAUAUCAGAAAUACCCUCAGGCAAAGGAGCAUAUCAACAACAUCCGUGACUCGUCAAAUCAACCAAAAGGGUCAAAACGCAAACGAGGAAAUGAGUCUGCCUCUGAAGGGUCAGAUAACGAGUCUAGUGACUCGCCUCAUCAUACUAAGCCUACAGAUAUGACCUCUCCCAAGGUGCUUUUCUCUAUCGAUGCGAGGAAGCUUGGACUUGCAGGUGGCGGGGGGAGAGUUGUUCGGAAAGGCUUUCCACGUAACUCAAGUGAAAAAUACAGGAAAAAGGAGAAUCUAUCCUCUGGAAAAGAACAGUCCGAUGGGCCUUGGGAUAUCAUAUGUUUCAACUUCCCGCACGUUGGAGGCCUCAGUACGGAUGUAAAUAGGCAAGUUCGUGCGAAUCAAGAGCUACUCGUUUCGUUUUUCAAAGCCUGCGGUCCUCUGCUGUCGGCGCCUCUCACGAGUGACAGUUUACGCGACGAGGAUGAAGAGAGCGGGGACUUCAGCAGCACAUCCAACCGCGAAAAUUCUACUCGAUACAGCAGAAAGCUACGAGCGGAGCCGGGUCAAAUUGUGGUUACUUUGUUCGAAGGAGAGCCAUACACGCUUUGGAAUAUCCGGGACCUUGCUCGUCAUGCUGGGUUACGAGUCGUGACCAGUUUUAAGUUUCCCUGGGCUAGCUAUGCAGGCUAUUCCCAUGCAAGAACUCUGGGAGAAAUUGAAGGAAAAGACGGGCAGAGGGGAGGGUGGAGAGGAGAAGAGAGGGAGGCAAGAAGUUACGUGUUUGAACCAGUUGGGUUCGAAAGCAGGAAUUUUAUGAAGCGAAAAGCGGAAAGUGAGAGCGAAGAUGAUUAA